GCAUAUUGGGGAUUUCUUCUGCUCACCAUAACAAACAAUCAUUUUCUCACCAUAACGAAGAAGGAGAAACAGAGAAACGAGAAUGAGGUUCCUCGUCGGCUUCACUGUUUUACUUACCUCCGUCAUCGCUCUCUUAAUCUACGGCGCCACUUCACCGGCGAAUCUUACCGGCGACGAUUUCAAGUUCCCUGCCCCUUCUAUCAUCCGCGUCUUCUUCAACGGCGCCAGUUCACCGGCGAAUCUUACCGAUCGAACAUACUCGCUCCACUACGACUACUACUGUGAAUCUUGCCCCAGCGUUACCGCUCCUUCUAUCAUCCGCGUCCUCUUCUCCGAUUGCUUCAUUGAGGGAUUCGCAGAUGAAACACUCUCUACUGAGAACAAUGCAUCUCCAAACCUUUCCUUGAAAGGGUUUGAUGUUAUUGACGCCAUUAAGUCUGAGCGGGAGUAUGUUUCUCCUGGAGGUCUUUCCUGUGCCGAGCUUCCUGUCUUUCUCGAGCUUCCUCUCUUCCCUGCUAGAGAAGCCGCCCUAGUGGCUGGUACUCGAGUAUAUCGUCUGGUGACUGUAAGAAAAUUCAGUGCAGUGGCCUUCAAGCUUCCUGCACCACAGGCUACUCUCUCUCUCCUUCUUGCAAGUGCUGCUUCCAGAGUAUUCAGCGAGAGAGAAACCGUCAUUUUAUCCGGUGCUCACAGCUUAGGCAUUAAGCACUGCACUUUUUUUGAGAACAGCCUCUACAACUUCUCAGGAACCGGGAAGCCUGACACUGAGCUAGCGGAUGCUUGUCUAGGAGUUGUUUCCUGUUCCAGCCUUGUCCUGGGUGCUAGAGAAGCCGGCCUUCUGGGAUUCGCAGAUGAAACACUCUCUACUGAGAACAAUGCAUCUCCAAACCUUUCCUUGAAAGGGUUUGAUGUUAUUGACGCCAUUAAGUCUGAGCGGGAGUAUGUUUCUCCUGGAGGUCUUUCCUGUGCCGAGCUUCCUCGCUGCCCUGCUAGAGAAGCCGCCCUAGUGUAUAUUCUGGUGACUGUAAGAAAAGACAGUGCGGUGACUGUAAGAAAAGACAAUGCAGUGGCCUUCAAGCUUCCUGCACCACUGUCUAGUCUCUCUCUCCUUCUUGCAACUGCCUCUUCCAAAGGAUCCUCCAAGCUAACAAUACUUGUCUUUAUUCUUUGGUUUACAACCAAAACGGUUGAUGGAAAGUUUGAGCAAUACCCUGAUGUUCCCUCAGAUCACCCGAAUUAUGUCUUUUUUAAUCAGUUCCUGAAGGAACUGAGAGCACAGAAUGCACAAAGUCCUAUAAAUAUCUAUACAGGUGCUGAAAAAACCAAUUAUUUGUCUAUAUUUUGGGCUGUGUUAGCUGCAUCGGGAAUGCUGGGAAGAUGGUUAAGCUCUGAUCUUAGAGAUAUGAAUGCUUUUUCCAAACAUUUGGAUGAAAAGAUAAAUGAGGCGGCGCUCAAACUUGAUGAAAUGGGCAGAUAUGCCGAAGAGACAAGAAAUAUAGCUGCUGAUACAAAUAGUCAGAUCAGGGAUUUGCGUGAAGAAAUGAGAGCUGGUUUUGCACGUGUGGCUGAUAGAGGUGAUCAAGAGUUGAUUUUGGACAUUCUGUAUCAUGUCUGCUCACAGAUUGGUGUAGACGUCCAACCUUUGGCGGGUAGAGGCGGUGACAUCCGACCUGUGGCGCAUGGAGGCCGUAUCUUGACUAUUACCCAGGGAAUAAGAUCUGUCUUACCAGCGGCAACCCGAUCAAGAAUCUUCGGCCGUCAGCAUUAGCGACUUAUAUGUUACUUUAGUUAGCAAGUCCGUCCAGUUUGUUGUCGAAUGAAUUCUUGGACUUGUUUCUGGUCAUAUGAUUUGCUGAACGGUUGUUCAUAGUUGAGGAUUCUUCUAAGUUUGAGAUUGUCUGCAUUUUUUUUUGCAAAAUUGAGGUGAUUAGAGUAAAAUGUGUGGUGAAGG